AUGACGCCCCUUCCCUUCCCAAGGCUGCCCCCCAAGGCAGCCUACAUCUUCCUCAACAACCCCUCCAAGCGCAACGCCCUCUCCCUCGCCGUCCUGCGGGACCUCCGCGCCCAGCUGCACGCGCACCUCUCCCCGCCCCAGUCCCCAGGCAGGCCGCUGCUCCUCCCGGCCUUCCGGCCCUCCCUCCUCCCGGCCCUCGAGGCCGCGAGCCGCGACCCGGCCGCAGAACACGCAUGGCUGCUGCACUCGUCGGCCUGGCGCGCCCUCCGCGCGGGCCUGCCCACCGUGCUCGUCCUCCGCUCCGCCCCGGGCCCCGUCUUCUCCUCGGGCCACGACCUGCGCGAGCUCUCCGGGCUCAGCGGCGACGAGGUCCGCGAGACCUUCCGCCUGUGCGCCGAGGUCAUGACCCUGCUGCGCCGCAGCCCCGCCCCCGUCGUCUGCGCCGUGCAGGGCCUCGCCACGGCGGCGGGCUGCCAGCUCGCGCUGUCGGCCGACGUGACGGUCGCGCCGCGGGGCACCCCCUUCGCGCUGCCGGGCAUGUCCAUCGGCCUGCCGUGCACGAGCCCCUCGACGGCCGUGUCGCGCAGGGCGUCCUCCCCGGCGCUGGCGUACCGCAUGUUUGCCACGGCCGAGGGCGUGAGGGCGGAGGACCUCGGCGGGGCGGUGGACGUGGUGGACGGCGGCGAGGAGGCGCUCGAGGAGCGGGUCGCGCAGCUGGUGGCCGGGUUGGCGGGGACUUCGGGCCAGGCCCAGGCCUUUGGCAAGUGGGCUUUCUGGACGCAGAUGGGCAUCCGCGGUGGCGACCUGGCCGGGUUGGAGGGAGAGGGCAUGGUGGGCGGCGGCGAUGGGUAUGAGGAGGCUGUCAGCUGGGCUGGCCGGGUCAUGGCGCUGCAUGCAAAGGUUGACGACGCGCGGGAGGGCAUGGAAGCGUUCUUGGGAAAGCGCAAGCCCGAGUGGAAGACAUGA